UUCUAGCAUGUAAGUAUGCGAGAAGCCGUUGUGUUUAACGGUUCGUCGCGGUGUGAAGUAAUUUUGGACGUCGACAUGACAGAUGAUACACCAAAAACUUUGUAUGUGGGCAACUUGGAUCAUGCUGUGUCGGAAGAUUUAUUGUGUGCUCUGUUUUCGCAUAUUGGCAGCGUUAAAAGUUGCAAGAUCAUCAAAGAGCCUGGAAACGAUGCCUAUGCAUUUGUGGAGUUCACGGAUCACAUAACAGCUACCGCAGCACUGACACUUAAUCAACGUCUUUUUCUAGAAAAGGAGAUGAAAGUUAACUGGGCGACGUCGCCGGGUAACCAACCAAAACAGGACACGAGCAAACACUAUCACAUAUUUGUUGGGGACCUGAGCCCGGAGAUCGAGACACAUACCUUAAGGGAAGCGUUCUCAGCCUUCGGAGAGAUCUCAGAUUGCAGAGUUGUCAGAGAUCCCCAAACUUUAAAAUCCAAGGGUUAUGGAUUUGUUUCGUUCGUCAAAAAAGCGGAAGCAGAGAGUGCCAUCGGCAACAUGAACGGCCAAUGGCUUGGUGGCAGAAGUAUUCGGACAAAUUGGGCCACCCGCAAACCUCCCGCACCUAAAUCCGAAGCGAAUGCGAAACCGUUGACGUUCGAUGAAGUUUACAACCAAAGUAGUCCGACCAACUGCACGGUAUACUGCGGCGGUUUGACCAAUGGUUUAACGGAAGAACUCAUGCAGAAAACAUUUUCGCCCUUCGGAUCCAUUCAAGAAAUUCGAGUAUUUAAGGACAAAGGCUAUGCCUUUAUCAGGUUUUCUACGAAAGAGUCAGCUACGCACGCCAUCGUAGCAGUACACAACACAGACAUCAACGGCCAAACGGUAAAGUGCAGUUGGGGCAAGGAGAGUGGAGAUCCUAAUAAUGCUCAACAAACUGGACAGGCGUUAUCGUCGGCGACGUACCCAUACUACGCGGCGGCGGCAGCUGCCGCCGCGGCGGCGGCGGGCGUCGCGGGUGUCGGAGGCGUCGGUGGCGUCGGCGGUGCUGGACAACUAGGAUACUGGUAUCCGCCCCAAUCUUAUCCUACGACAGCGACACAAAUGCAAGCUGGGGGCUUUCUUCAAGGCAUGCAGGGUUACACCUAUGGACAGUUUGCCGGAUAUCAACAGGCGCAAUAUAUGGGAAUGGGAAUGGGUGCUGUCCAUGCUGCUGGUACAGCGGCAGGAUGGGGUCAGGGAUUACCUGGGGGACCACAGUUACCACCACACCACGCCACGACGGUCACGGCACCCCCAGGGGUGCAAGCCGCACCCCCGCCACCACCGCCACCGGCACAAAUGAUGGCCUACCCGAUGCAACAGUUCCAGUGUGUUCUUGGUUGCGGUCCAGCUAGCGGAUGAGGACUGGCUGACGCCUAGCCUUCUAGUGUGAUGGUAAGCAAGUACACCCCACCAACAGGAACAACUUCUACAGCAACAACAGUUACCACCACCAUCACCACCAUCAUUUCCUCCUCCACUACUACCACCACCUCCAACUACAACAAUAAUAACAACAUUUCCGUCAUCAUCGAUGCACAAUCGACCGCGACAGCAAAAGCAGUAGAACUCAUGCCAUUUCCGGCUUGACGAUGCGCGAGUCGAAAGGCAAUAAUCAUGAAAAACAGAUAACACUUGCUUAGUAAAAACGAAGAAACAAAGUGAGAAAUAAAAAAAUAGUGAUUAAGGAUCAUAAUCCUAGGUAAUCUUGCGCAAGAUGCAUCCAACAUCCCCAUUUUCCCAUAAGUUUUCACGUCCAGUGUAAGAGAAAAGAACCGCUACUGAUUAUUAAGCGGAGAUACCUCUCGUCCAGUCUGUAGGAUAAUCUAGCAUCUUGCUCGGCUUGAAGAAAUAGAUAGCGUUUGCCGUUACAGUAGUAUCCGAAGCUUCAAUACAAAACACAAAAUCCGGCAUACACGUGAAUAAGUCAUUCGUGAUGGUCUGACAGUCUUUUUUUAGCGAAAUUUAGCGACUGGCCAAUUAUGCAUACUAUGUAUCGUCCAGUGAGAUAAUGAGUACACGAGAAAUAUGAGUCCGCAAAUGUUUAACGGAGUCGUGGUUUAUCACCAUUUUAAUAAAGCGUAUAAAUUCCUUGAUCCUCUUUACGAAAAAAAGAAGAGUCCCCGACAGACCGCCGGAUACAAAUUCGUUACACGGAUUCAUUAUUUUUGUAGUUUGGGCUUAACAGCGAAAAUAAUAACUCAAAGACAUAAUGUCGAAGGGAACGCUCGCAGCCGAAUGCGACGGUUGGCGAAUGGCUACGGUGUAUAAAUGAUAAAUAUUAUACAAAGAUUAAUCGAAGCAUACUCUCGUGAAGAUAUAUAAAUAUAUAAAUAUAUAAAUAUAUAUAUAUAUAAAUGAAAGAUAUAUACAUAAAAGAAUAAAGAUUAUUAUAAACAAAAUUCAAAACAAUUAGCUAGUUAGAUAGGCAUGUUAUAUUAAAAGUUAUUCGAGGUCGAUUCGAUAUUCGGCGGCAAGGAGGAAGUGGAUCUUGUGUAUAUUCGAUAGCGCAGCAUUUUUACGGGGAUGAAGUAAUCUCGGCCCUUUUGUACAACCCGCCCGUCUCAAAAACCACGGGAAUUACUACUGGAUCCACUGUAUCUUAUCCCAUUUGCCACUGCGAAAAGACUUCGUAUCUCAAUCAAAUUCUUGUUUAUCGAAUUCAUGGCCAAACGAUAAUUCACACAUUGAAAUCUGUGCAGGCGAUUUAAUAUCCGUUUUUAUCAUUCGAAUUUGUCUUUCGAACACGACACUUAGACCUGUUGGAUACUUUUAUAAAGCAGACAGAUAUAUACACGCCAUGGGAGACAUCGUCGAAUUAGUAUACAUUCCAAACUGAGAAAGUGGCGAAACGCGCGAAACACCGUUCAGAUCACCGUGGUUUUUAAGUAAACAUUAGAUUUUUAUAUAAGAUGACUAUGUAGAACCAAAGAAAAUCGAUAUUUUGACGUUUAAGCAAUAAAAUGUUAAGGUUAGGAAGAAAAAAGGCAGCCGAUCCCUCCGUCUCUUUGUAAAUCAAUCUCGCUGCGUAAAACGAGAGAAAACACGAAUUCUUAACAACGAAAAAAAAUAGUAGAAUGAACAAGAUAGCUAGAGGAGACGGUGCGUGCACACGUGUAUUUUAAAUUCGGGGAGCAGUAAAACUAUCACAAUAUCCUCGUUGUCCCGAAUUUCGACUUGACCAAAUUGAUACAAAAGAAAGACGAGACCGAAACUCGUAAGCAUAAAUAAAUCGCGAAUAUGUAAGCAAUUGCAUGAGUGCAAUCGUACAUAUGGGAGAGCGCUAGAGAGGGAGGGAAAGAGAGUAUGAAAGCGAAAAGAGAGAAUGAGUGGGGAAAAAAGAAAGCAUGAGAAAAAGAGCGUCGAAUAAAUUGCACAGCACAAGAGAGCAAAGGACGAGGAAAAAGGGGUUAAACAAUUCGUAGAUAGACAUAUUGCACAAACAGCACGAAAGUUAGAUUAGAUGAGUUAAGUUUUUUGUUCACGCGUGCCCUGUCCGCGCGGCAACCGUUUAGGAUUUUGAUCGUACGUAACCUCAUCAUCGACGUGUUUCUCUGCCAUUAAAACUAUCCGCUUGCUGUGGAAAAGGAUCGGUCAGAGGAGGUGGGACGAGAAACGAAUCGACGAAGUGAUAGCAGUUUUAACUUGAAAAGAUGGGAAGCGGCUGAAACUUAUUGCAACCCGUUUCCGUUAUCUUCGUGCUCGAUCGUUUGUAUCUCCAUCGUUCUGUUUCUUGCUCCUCGUAUCUACUGCCUCUUCUUACCCCUUCGGUUUUAAGUACCACAACUCAUACUCGUCGUACCGAUAAUAUCCUCGCUUUUCCUUCGAAAAGCGUUGAUAUCGAAACGACGAGUAGAACCGUAGCAAACUUAUAUAGAAACUAGUGAAAUUAAAACUUCAAGCCCUUAAUUGGCAGAGUCGAAAAAUAAUUUUGAUUUGAUAUUUCUAUAUUUGAGAUUUUUAGAAAUCUGAAAUAUUUCAAAAUUAUAUAUAUUAUAUAAAAUUUUUACAAUUAAUUUUUUGCUCUAUGAGACUCCAAAAAUUAUAACCUUAAAACCAUAAAAAAUCAUUUAUCUUGCAUGGAAUAUACUUCUGAAAUUUGAUAUUUGACAUCAUGAGUUUUCAAUAUCUGUUCCUUUUUUUUUCUCAUUAUUCAAAAGCAUCACUCUGUGUAAGGUGUAAUAAUUUGUAUAGACAUCUCUUUCGAAUAUUUUUCUCAUAGCAUACAUUCUGUGGGUAUAUAAUUUAUAAUUUUGCUUACGCGCGCACGCACGCACGCACACACACACACACACACACACACACACACACACACACACACACACAAAACAGAUAUAGGGUGCUUGCUUUAGGUUUCGUGCUCAUAGCAUUUUAAGCAUUAUUUCAUCCUUGUUGUUUAUCACAUAUUAAAUAAGGAUAAGUGAUUCUUACACGUAUUGUGAGCGCUAAAAUGAAUGCAGCUAUAGAUGAUAGAAAAAAAAAGAAACAGAAAGAGAUAGAUUCGAUUAGAUUAACAGGCGAAGAGAACACAUCGAUGAUGACUGAAACAAAAACGAGAUAGGACAAGCGAUAGACGACUUUGGUAUUAAUCAAAAGAUAGACGGAUCGUGUUUUAAGUAAAUCAAAAGCGUGUUCGAUGUUUCUCAAUCAAAAAGAUCAAUGAUCAAAGUACGGCACACACGAAAAUGCUUGAAACGUAGCGAAAGAAGGAGAAUGGCACAAUCAAAUCUGCCCAAUAUCGCAUUUAUGUUUUGUGAUGAAAGUAGUGAAAGAAAGGGUGAAAACAAGAGAGAAAGAGGGAGGGCAUGAGAGAGUGUCUGUGUGUCUACCAACGAUCCGUCGCGAUUGUGUCAACCAGUUAAAAGAGUGAUUUUCCCAUGAGAGGAAAGCUCGACAAUAAAAAUCGCCACAUUUCAGCGUUUUCAAUCGCAAUGAAUGAUUCUGAUAUAGUAAUUCAUACAUAACCAAAAUUAAGGAUAAUAGUGUUGCCGCUAUUUUGGCUGCAUUUCUGUUGCCUUGCUCUUAUUUGAUUUGCAGCUUUACGAAGAAAUGUAAAAAAGAAUCGUUAUAUCUGACAAGUUAUUUUCUACGUUUGAGCGAGGAUCAUAAAAAGAUAUAUUAUAAUCAGAUUUAUUUCUACUUUGUGUUGUUGUUGGUAUAUAUGUUAUUAGAAAUAUAUUUAUUCAUACAUAUGUUUAAUUACCUGCACAUAAUUUUCUUACUGAAUGCAUUUAGCUUAUUCUAAAUUUUAUUAUUUCUUUAGUUUAGUAUAAUAUAUGAAUUAUCAUGCACGAUCGCACGUGAUGUACGCGACCACGAUUAUUUCUUGCAGUUUUUGCAUGUUGAUAAACAUCAAUUUUAUAAUCAUUUUUCAAUUCAGUUCUAUCGUAACCUGCACAUUGAAAAAUUUUAUCUCUGUUAUUAUAAUUAAAUAUUAUUCUUUCAUUGUUUAUCUUUAUAAUGUGAUAAUGUUAUUAUGAAAUAUUUAACAAAUUAUUAAAAAAGUUAAAAAUAUCAGAAUGUAAAUAUAUUUACAAUAAAAUGCAGGUUACCAUCGCGAUUUGCAAAAGUUUCAUAUUAUUUAUAAUUCUAGCUUAAAACGAAAUCGUCAUGCUAUAUAUAACCGAAUCUCGUUUUCUAAUAGAAAUUGGGUGACUAGCCUCGAGGACACGGCACGAGUAUGCAAAGAGAAAGCAACAAAAUUAUAAAUAAAUAUAUAUACAUACAUAUAAAUACAAAAAUGCAUAUAUAUAUUAUAUAUAUAAAUAUAUAUACUUGCGCGCAGCGGCGGCGAGGGCUGUUAUUUUCAAUCGUCGUGCGUAAAACAAAGCACUGUGCGUGAAAAAGAGAGAAAAAUUUAGCUUUUAAGAAACGAUAUGAAAAAAAACAUAUAUAUAUAAGUAAAAAGAAAAUAUCGUGUACAUUAUUAGUUAGGCAAAAGAAAUAAAAAUAUAGGUUAUUUUUGUGAAAGGUGGAACGAGCGAGGGGAGAGAGGGUGAACAGAGAGAGAUCGUGUGGCAAGAGGGACCCAAUGGCAGACUGUAAUACGAAUUAUGCAAUAAGAACCUGUUAUAGCGUGCGUUUGCAUCUGUCAAUCAAUUCCUGUACAGUAACGUAUACCGGGAAGCGUUUAAUUGACAAAAGGACAUUAAUUGGAUUUGACACACUCUACUUUUACGUUCCUUACGUUCCACCUAAUCGCUCCCCUUAUCGAAUUGCUCGCUAUGCACUCCGACUCGAUUCCACCUUCGACAGAGAAAAAGUGAGGGAUCCUGCAUUCUUUCAAAGAAUCAGCGUGGAUACUCCGAUCUUGUAAAAAGUAUUUAAAAAAAGACGCCUUAAACAUGAAGGCGUGUGUAUAACUUGAUGUAGUCCUGUACAUUGUCUAGGACACAUGUACCGAGUGGAGUUAGCCGAUUGAGCGAAUACGUCGCGUUAAACGGAAAACCAAAAUGUAGCAUAAAGUGAUAGAUAGAUAAUUAUUAAUGUAAUCUGACUUAGUAUGAAAUAAUAAAGGGGCAAUAGAAUCGCGGACGGAAACGACGGAUGACGGGGAAGUGUGAAACGGGGCGAAAUAAACUGUAAAAAGGGGGGGGGGUAGGCAAACUUGACGAAAGUCACACCGUAGGGUAAAACUGGCAAAAGAGAUCCACUUAUGGUACCUAAGUCAUGAACCCAUUCGGGAAAGGGGACACGCGCGCGCAUACACGAGAUGUAAAAAAAAAUACAUAUACGCGUAUGUAAAUACACACAACACCAAAUACACAAAUGCACACAGCAUACGUGUAGGAUAUAGCGGCGAGAAACUUAACAAAAAAGCUCUAGACCGUAGUCUAGUCUAAUCUAGCUUGUCGAUCAUUAGGUUAACAAAAUAAAAGCGUUCAUGAGGGAUAGUGCAAUAACAAUAUCCGCAACUUAUACUCAGCACUCUUAUACGGCACAAAUGGCAGGACACGUGUAUAUGCAUACACCAAAGAACAAAUAUACAUAAUUGGUAUGUAUAAACAUAUAUACAUGUACACACAUACACACAGAAACGCGUGCUGCGGCUGCUGCCUCCAUCCUUUGCCCGCGUCCUUAACUCACAGUGCUCAGAUUCUAUAAUUCUGACAAUUGGCGUAUUAGAUAAUGUGAUUCACAUCAUUUCAAAAUUUUUGCUAUUAUAUCAAGCUUUACCGAAGCAACCGCUCCUGGUUAUCCAAUCCUCAUCGAACAGUCUCAAGUUACAAACAAAAUUCAAUGCGUGCCUUUUUCUUUUUCGCUCCUUGAUUCCUGUCACGUAGCGUGUUUUUUCUCUUCUCUUAGUAUUUCGUAACGGGCAUUGUGUCAUUUCGACUCUUCUUCAUCCGUGCGUCUCCUUCCUUGAUGCUCUCUUAUUUGUUUCCACGAUUAUCCUGAUGCCACCGCAUAUAUUCCUCCGCCUGAACAGACUUAUCUCGCGGAGACUUACCAAACGAUAGUCGACAAUCAUUGAAGAAACAUACAUUUAGAAACUUGUACGUGUUCUUUUCACCGAGGGCUAGAUAUUAAUUAUCGUCACCGACGUGUUUGCAGUCUCGUGCAGGCAAGGACAGAGGAGGUGGCAUCGGUUUUGGGGAAAGUAAGAGAGCAAGGAGUAUUAAUUGCCUACGAUGCUAUCCUAUCGUGUUCGUAAUGCUUUUGCCUCGCGCAAGUGUACCGCAAAACGUGAUUUUGAUAUCGAUCAACACGUAGGUAUCGCGAUGCACACACGAAACAUAUCAUCGAGCCAAUCAGCCGAUCCUACCACUCCUAAUUAGGAACUGCAAUGAGGGAUGUGGAAUGCAAUUAAGUGAUUGAUGCUUCAAGUUACUCCAACUGCAAUUGUGCUCACGAAAACGUUUUUUCUCCUUUCGCGACAUUAGAGCGGUGAUGCUUGGGAAACUUAGCUGAUCCGGUAAAAUUUAUUGCACACUACAUUUGUUUAGAUCAUAACAAAUUGCGUGCGUAGCAAUGACAAUCGUCAUAAUUUACUUCAAUAUAAUCUGAACGUGAUAUCAAGAAUAGUAUUCAUGGGCUGUGUACUUAAAUUAAGAUAUUGCUUUAUAAUUUCCAUUCAUGAUUACUGUGUUCUUUGCACUUCUGUGAAACUUUCUAUGUCUUUCGAAUAUCUGUGAAUGACAAAUUGAUACAAGAUAGUAAGUUAUUGGAAUUUUUAGCGUUUUAAUUAACGUACAACAUAGGCAUAUCAGAUCUAUAAUUUUUUAUCGGAAUAAUUUGUUAUAGAAAUACAAAGUUAUACAUAAUUUUAUACUCUUCUAAGAGGUACUAUACUUUUUUAUUAACUAAAUUUUAAAUUGUAAAUCGCAAUUAAACACGUAUAUUUCGUUUCUAACCGAGAGGUGCAUUUAACUUAACUAUUUAUAUUCAGAUGCCCCUCGAGAGUCUAAUAUAAUUCUUAGCGGGACGAGGGCAGCAGUCGAGCCAAAUUGGGAUACUUACCGAUGCAAAGCACCGUGGAACCAGCUUAGUGCUAGAGCAAGAAUGUAUAAGAAAAAAAAGCACACAGAGAAAGAAAACAAAAGUAGGAGCCGUAAGCGUAGAUACCGAGCAUAAAACAUAAAGUAAUGUAUGUAUAUAAUCAUAUAUAUUAUACAAGAAAGACUACAAACAAAACAUGCGCAUCUAUAUAUAAUACAAAUAUGUAUAUUAUAUAUACAUAUAUGCAUAUAUAUAUGUGUGUGUAAGAUGAUAACAUUAGCCAACAGAUAGAAGCUAUAUCGAGUAUAAGUUUGACGAAGAGAAGAAGGAAGCGAACGAAUGCGGAUGCGCGGCAUAUGUAAAUGCGCGCUCCGCGACAUACUGUGUUAAAUACCUUUAGUUGUAAGAAAUAAGAAAACACAUGAGAUGUAACUCGUAAGGGAAAAUAGAUGUGGCUAGCCUGUCGGACCCCCUGUGCCCCCAAAUAUAGAUAUUUGUAAUGUAUGGAGUGAAAGCGGGAGAGAGAGAGAGAGAGAGAGAGAGAAUGCGUGAAAGAAAGCGUGUGAGAGAAAAGAGAUUAAUAGGGCGAAUAUGCGAAAAAGUAAUGGAAGAGUACGAAUGUGUCGGAUGGCAUACGAAGAAAAAAAAGCGGAUGAGAAAGCGUGAAAGUGAGAAAGAGAGAGAGAGAGAGAGAGAGAAACGAGAUCUAGUAUGCUUCAGCGGAAAAAGCAUUAAGAGAUAAAAUUCCAAAAAGAGAGUACGAUAAUUAUGAUCGCGUCCGAUUCAUACAGAAGUUUACGACGUUCCUUCAUUUUUCUCGUAGCUUUUCGUACGAUUUGACGAAGUAUGCGUUGCGGGGCCCCGUAGAUAUGGCCCUUCUCCCUACCCCGUUGCGAUACGCGGCAUAUCACUUACGACCGUACGCUAAGAAGUUAGGUGCCUUUAUCCACUUCUUUAUGUGUAUGCAUUUCGGUAAAGAGAAUGACAACGAGAAACUGAAAAAAUAGCGAGAACGCGGACGAUCGGGAGAAAAAAAUAUAUACAUCGGUAAAAAAAAAACAUACACAUACUAUAUAUCACACAUGAAACGGCACGGCGGAGCUCGAGGGAAGGGGCCGGUACGACAUCCAUCCAUCGUGCAUCGUUCGGCACUGUGCUCAUAUUAAACAGCCACCGAAAUGUUGGCACGACGAAAACACAAACGGCAACAAGCGUCAUAAUAACGAAAGCGACGAGAGCGAUCAAGCGCUCGCGAUUUAAGUAUACUUCCGCGAUUAAACGUAUGGCCCGCGGGGUCCCAUGGCAGCCUCGUUGCAUAUUUAAGUUAAGGAGCUGGGAACAGCUCGAGAGCGUCACGCCGAACGAGAGCUGUAUAAUGUACAUGUAAUUUGCAACGAUGCGUGACGGCGCACGCACAAGCAACAAUACACAAAUUACACACGCAUACACAUGUAGAGAGAAAGAGAGAGAGAGAGAGAGAGAGAGAGAGAGAGAGAGAGAGAGAGAGAGAGAGAGAGAGAGAGAGAGAGAGAGAGAGAGAGAGAGAGAGAGAGAGAGAGAGAGAGAGAGAGAGAGAGAGUACGAGAGAGCUGGAUUACACGCGCAGGCAGUAGAUACAGGCAUGCAUACACAGAUAUGUGGGAGGUGUACGUUUGCAGAAACAAUUUUCACACAACACGAAAUAUACACACGCAACACUACGCGAGACGCCCUGGGACGUGCGUAAAAAAGAAUAAACGUGUAUGAUAUUAUAUAUACAUAACAUAGCAUAUAAAAGUACAUUAUAAAUAAUGAUGAAUAUAAAUAAAAAUAUAUAUAUAAAUACUAUGGAAAAGUAAACAAAGUAUAAAUAUGAAGGAAGUAUAUAAACGAAAAUAUAGGAUAAAACACGCAUAGGCUUAAGAAUACAAGAUAUUAUUAUGAUGAUGUAUGGUUGGUUUAUAAUGUAAAAUAUAUUAUAGAAAAUGUA